GCGUCUGAGGGAGGCGGCGGCGCCAGCCUGUGAAGGGCAGGACAGUGGCCGAGAGGGCACCGGAGGAGGACGGUGGCCCACGAGGUCCGGCAUGGAGCAUCUGGAGCGCUGCGAGUGGUUCCUCCGGGGGACGCUGGUGCGGGCGACCGUGCGGCGCUACCUGCCAUGGGCGCUGGUGACCUCCAUGCUGGCCGGCUCAUUCCUCAAGGAGUUCUCUCCGCUGCCUGAGAGCUACCUCAGCAACAAGCGCAACGUCCUGAACGUGUAUUUUGUUAAAGUGGCCUGGGCCUGGACGUUCUGUCUCCUGCUGCCUUUCAUUGCCCUCACCAACUACCACCUGACAGGCAAGGCCAGCCUGGUCCUGCGGCGGCUGAGCACCCUGGUUGUGGGCACAGCCAUCUGGUACGUCUGCACAGCGCUCUUCUCCAACAUCGAGCACUACACCGGUCAUUGCUACCACUCGCCGGCCCUGGAGGGGAUCAGAAAGGAGUGCCAGAGCAAGCAGCACUGCCACAGGGAAGGGGGCUUCUGGCAUGGCUUCGACAUCUCGGGUCACUCCUUCCUGCUGGCCUUCUGUGCCCUCAUGAUUGUGGAAGAGAUGGCCGUGCUACACGAGGUGAAGACGGACCGGGGCCACUGUCUCCAUACCGCCAUCACCAGCCUGGUCGUCGCCCUGGGAUUCCUGACCUUCAUUUGGCUGUGGAUGUUUCUGUGCACAGCCGUUUAUUUUCAUGAUGUGUCCCAGAAGGUGUUCGGCACCUUGUUUGGUUUGCUGGGCUGGUAUGGGACAUACGGGUUUUGGUAUCAGAAAUCCUAUUCUCCAGGACUUCCUCUCCAGAGCUCUUCUUCGAAUUUGAAGCAAGACAGUUAUAAGAAAUAAGAGAAACAAAAGGCGGACAGCCGGACAACGGCUAAUGUAUUUUCCACUUAAUUUAUUUAGUUGUUGGUAGCAUUAUUGAUUCCACUUGAGAGAGGAGGCUCACUGGGCAGUUUUGGGAGGUGGUGGAGGAAUCUAGGGUACAAGUUCAGCGCUUAGGCUCUUCUUGGUAUAUCACCUGUGUCACCAACGUCACCUUCCCACCAGACAGUUUUUGUCCCUGGUGAGACUUAAUCUUUAUCUGGAACACCCCUUCGGUCCCUAGAGGGGAAAACUAAAGCUGAAUUGGAAGGACAGAAUCAAAGGCUUUUGUGACAUGGCUCAAGGGGAGGCCAGAGCUUUAGGACUCCUCUGAUGCCAUCUUCCUGAUUCUAGUUGUCUUUUGCGUUUAGUGACUGAUAUGAUGACUUUUUUUUUGUUUUGUUUUUAUUUUUAACAGUAUUUCCCCUGGUCGGUUUUGCCAUGAGCAUUUAUUUCUGGCAGGGUCUGUAUAAAACACCCCAGUGCCUCCAAGACACUAUCCUGGUAGAGUAUUUGUCUCUUCUGUGGAAUGUUGAAUAUUACAGCUGACUGUGAUCAGCCACUAACAUGACCCAGUAAGCUGCAGUGCCUCCUAACUGAGCACCAGGUGAUUUUUACAUAAUGAACAAUGUCCAUAUUGUCUGUUGUUUUAUGUUGGGUUUCGGAGCAAUAAGAUUACCCUUUUUCCCUCUUAUUUUGAGUGAUUGCUUUAUAGUUUUUAAUGAUGACUGUGGUAUUUGUUCUUUGUUGACAAAACUCCUGAAAAUAAUUCAUGGCUCCAGUGUUGCACUUUGGCACAAGUAGAUUAUUUUGAGGGUUUUGUUUUUAGAACACUAAUUUACUUUUUAUAAACCAGAUUCUUGGCUUAUAGUAUUAAAUUUCACUUUAUGGAGUUAUUUCCUCUAUUAGGAAUGAAACCAGAAAUCAGGCUAUUAAUUUGGUGACUUUCAUACUGAGUCAGAGUAAUCGUGCACGGUGCCUAUUUUAUGCUGAAACUUUCCUGACCACAUAUUAGUUGUGUAGACAGAACAGUGUUUCAGGGCCAUAGGACAAGUGCUUUAGUCCCUGUGUUAUGGCCCAAGUCAUUUCACCUUUGGACAUGAUUAUGAUGUUUCAGAAGUGAAGUAAAAUCUCUCCCUCGUGGCUGAAAGCCAGCAUCAUUGCGAAGAUGUCUGUAUUAAGUGGUGCCAUGACUUUGUACCUGCCUCCUCGUACUUGUGCCACCAACAAAACACCCCCCAGCCUGGCCCUGUCCCACUGGCCUUGCAGUCGGCUGGUCUUUUCUUUCUUCUCUGCAGCACUUCUCAGUCUCCAGUCUUCCUAGUAAGAAUGCCAGGAAGACCUGGAAAUCCUGUCACCUCCAUCCAAAAGUUGUGCAUUCUGUAAAAUGUCCCCUGUCUUCUCCCUGACUGUCUCCUUAGGCCUUUCAAGCUGAUCCCCUUUGCCUUAUUAUGGAUAGUAGCCCGUGAAGCUCCUUUGAUGCCCUUUCUCCAGCCAAGCUGGCUAAUACCAUUAACUGAUAAGCUCUAACGUAACUGGUUUAACUCAAGCUCAGGCAAAUCUCCAGGGUAAUUUUUUAAAUAUAAAAAUAUAUUUAAGAAACUUUUUUUUUUAAUUGAUACCAGGGAUCGAACUUAUGACCGUGCACUUGCAAGACAGGCGCUUAUGCCACUGAGCUAAAUCCCCAGCCCCUAAAACUAUAUUUAAAAUACAUAUUUGUAUGCUUUUAAGCUGUGGGCCAACUUAUCAAAACAUGAGACGUGAGGUGUUGUUCCCAAAAGUGAAGAAACACAGGCCAUGAGAUAUCCACAGUACCAUGGCAAGAUGUGACAAGUGGCCCAGAGAAGGCAUUUCAUACUCUAAGAGUUUCCGCCUGCACACUAGGGCUGGAGUGGGGCUGGGGAAGGGGCUUGUUGAAGGGCUGAAGUCUCCCCUAACUUUCAUGAUCAGCACUAGAAGAGAACAGGCACCGGCUGGCUGACCAGAAGUUUACUUGUCACACUUCAGUCUCUAGACAUUUUUCUCACAAGGCCUGAUCCAGGUUUCAUGCUGCUCAUAGGAAAUGCUGUUAUCCAGCGUUCUGUAUGGGUUAGGCUUCCACCCAUUGCUCAUGCUUAGCCCCAUUUAUUUUUUCUUUUUUGGAGUGUUGGGGUGGAGCCCAGGGCCUUGUAGGGGCUGAGCAGGUCCCCUGCUUCUGAACUACCCCAUCUCCUUUUAGCCCCUCUCUUUUCUUCAGAAAGAUCAUGGCAUAAGAGUUUGGGCUCAGGCAAACAUGGGACAUAGGUUUGGGAUUUGGCACCACUUGCAGUAGCCGUACAGCUGUGGGCUACACUGGUCUUCCUUAUCUGUAAAGUGGAGGUGGUGCCGCCAGGGUCAAGCGAGACGAUGUCUGUGAGGUGCUGAGCAUGUGCACUUAGCAGGCGAUCAUUUCUUGCUUCCAUUUCUUGAUGAUGUUUGGGAUGUUCUGGUUCCUCUAGAGAAAGCAGAGCAGCUAAUAACUUUUGGGGGCCACUUGGAGUCUGAGUCUGUUGUCUCAUCUUCCAAAAAGUGUGUGUGGUCCUCAGGUCCUCAACAAGAAGCUUUGUGGGCAUCUGUGACCACAGAGUUCUGCCGUGUUUUCCUCUAUGUGGAGGUUCUUUGGCUGACGCUCAUUUCCACAUGCAUCUGUCAUUGUCUGAGUACCAGAUUGUAUUUAAAGAAUGGCUCCCGCCUCUGUUGUGUACACACAAACCCUGUGUGUAAACAAGAAAAUUAAAAUACGCUGGAGACAAUGAUAUCCUUCA